AGUCAACGUGGACCGAUGUUGGGCUGAUGCAGACCCGUGGUCCGUGCAGCGUUAACCCCACAGGGAUGGUUAACCGGAAAUUGUUUGGCGCUGGAGGUAAAUGCUGCCGGGAGAUGCUGCCGUCAUAACCAGGCAGAUGAAAACACAGAAUAACCUCACUGGGACAGGUAAUGCAACAGUUACUUAUUCAGCUUGAACUAGUAUGGAUGUUGAUGAUUGCAAUGGCCGGUCUUGCAUAUCAGCUGGUGGAGACUCUUCAAUGGAAAGAGAGUUUCCUGGUGCCCUUGGAGGUCCAACAUCGAGCACCCCAAACAGCAAGGAUACCUCCCCUAGUCGCUCCCUCAGUGCAAACUCCAUUAAAGUGGAGCUUUACAGUGAUGAAGACCCAGGUCGCAGUACUGAAGAUGAAAGAGUGGAGCGGGUAGAGGAUGGAGGUCCAGAGCAAGGAUCUGAGUCUGUCGGAGGCUACAGGGAGCUCACUAACUCUGAAACCAUGCAAGCUGGAGCCACCAGACUGCCGAAUGGAAAGCUCAAGUGUGACAUCUGUGGAAUGAUCUGCAUUGGGCCUAAUGUUCUCAUGGUGCACAAACGCAGCCAUACAGGUGAGCGACCAUUCCAGUGUAACCAGUGUGGUGCCUCCUUCACCCAAAAGGGAAACCUGCUCCGCCACAUCAAGCUGCACUCAGGGGAGAAGCCCUUUAAAUGUCCCUUUUGCAGCUAUGCCUGUCGAAGAAGAGAUGCGCUCACUGGCCACCUUCGCACUCAUGCAGUUUCCUCUCCAACUGUAGGGAAGCCAUAUAAGUGCAGUUAUUGUGGGCGUAGUUACAAGCAGCAGAGCACCCUGGAGGAGCACCGUGAGCGCUGCCACAGCUAUUUACAGAGUCUGGAGUCACAGCAGCCCUCUUGUGUACAGAAUCCAGGAGAGGAGAUCAGAGAGCUAGAGUUUAUACCAGACUCUCUACUGCAACCCUCCUCAGACAAGAUGGCAUUUAUCGAUCGGCUCGCCAACAGCAUCACCAAACGCAAGAGAUCCACACCACAAAAAUUUGUAGGACAGAAGCACAUACGUCUCAACCUUGCAGAUGCACAUUAUGAGGUCAGCGCUGGUUUGGAUAAAGACGGGGAGAUGCCCGCAGGUGACCUUGAAACCCCGCACUUUACUGGUCUGGGAGGAGAAUACGCAGGUGUGGCAGGAAAUGGAGGAGGAGGUGUCUCAGACACACUGAGGCCUCUACACCUUCCCACUACUCACCCUUCAUCUUUAUCAGAACUCAGGCCAAUCCACAGCUCCAUACACAUCUCUGCCACGCUAGGCCCGAGGCUGGAUUGCACAGGGACUGGAGCUGGGCUUGGAGCCGCGGGUGUUGGGGGGAGGGAGGCAGCAGAGGGUCAUGAAGAUCUGCCUGCGAGUCGAAGUCACGCGCCCUCACCUAGCAACGGUUGCCAGGACUCUACGGAUUCAGAGAGCAUGCCAGAUGAGCCUUGCAACAGUACCGCUCUAACUCCGACCCUGCACAGUAACAACGGGCACCAUCUUCAUCACCCCAACAACCAUCAUCCAGCGCCUCCUCCUGUUGCACAUCACAGGAGUCGGAACAGACACAAUCCCAGCCACGCCAAAGACAUGGAGGUGAAAAGAGAAGAAGGAGGCCACUCAGCCCUACCGCCCCCUGGCCUUGCCCCAACUCCAAGCCCACCUACAGCGGCCUCCUCCACCUCCAGGGAGUCCUUUCGGGUUGUCGAUGGGGAGGGGCGAGCUGUGCGCUCUUUCCGUUGCGAGCACUGCCGUGUGCUUUUCCUGGACCAUGUCAUGUUUACCAUCCACAUGGGCUGCCACGGUUUUCGCCAGCCUUUUGAGUGUAACAUCUGUGGCCACCGCAGCCAGGACCGCUAUGAAUUUUCUUCACACAUUGUCCGUGGUGAGCACAUCCUUGACUGAGGAUGAAGGUUGGUCUACCUGUUUUAACCUAGAGCUAGUUAUACACUGAGACAAGGACCCGGGUGGGUUUGGUCUGCACAUGAGCAAAAGAAGACACUGAUGACAUGAAACUGAUAUGAAUAUUUUAAACAGGCACUGGUACAGUAAUUAUACUGGCAAGCUCGUUUAUGUGUGUUUUCUUAAAUUACAAUAGGGGUCCUUGUUAUCUUUUAAUGCACUUUGAACAAUUAAUCCAUUUAAGAUGCACUUUUAAUUCAAUGUAUUAUAAAGUAGAUUAAGAGUCAAUGCACUUUUUUAAUCCGCUGAUGUGCCUUGCUCCAAAAUUCAGGAUUUAAACCUGAUGCGCAAAUUACAGUAGACAAAUCUGACUUUUGUCCAUAAUCUGAAAGUGGUCCCUACUUGUGCACUUUAACAGAGAUAACACAUAAAAGACAAUGAUGUGAAGUUUAUAGGCUCAAUUACAAUUGUUCUAAAAGCACUUCUUUCAUGAAAUAGUUCCCUAACAAAUGUUAUGUUACGCAAAGUUUUUUUUUUUCCAAGGUGGGUUGGAUUCUGUAAUAGAUUGCUUUUUAUAAUGAGAAGUGAAGUGCAGACCAAACUCAAAAACCAGGUCCAAGUCAAACUGUUUGAGGGGUUGUCUG